AUGGUUGUCAAACCGCCGCAGGGCAGCUCGCCCUACCCCAAGCAUGACUUGUCCCAGUUCCCCUCGGCCCUCAAGGGCAAGCGCAUUCUCCUCUGCACCGAGUCGUUCGGCCCUGUCAACGGUGUUAGUCGCACGACUCUGAUGUUGGUGACCCAUCUGCGCGAUCAUGGCGCUCAGGUCGCUGUCGUUGCGCCUCAUAACCACACCAAGCACAACACCUUCACGCCGCCUUCAUCGCCCUUGAUGUCGCCUGCCGACAAGCAACCCGAGGUCCGCGUCACCGGCUAUCCUCUCCCUUUCAACCCGGAACUCUCCAUUGUGUACCCAGUGCGCAACUCGACGCUAUACGCGAAGACCUUUGGUGACGAUGCGCCACCGGAUCUGAUCUAUCUCGCUUCGCCCGCGAGCUUGGGAUUCCAAGUCAUGCUCCAGUUGCGACAGCAGCCCAAGGAGAACCAGAUCCCCGUCAUCUGCAACUUUCAAACUGAUCUUGCCGGCUACUGCGCCAUCCUCUUCCCCGCCCCGCUGAGUUACUUUGCCGUUUUCGCCUUCGCGGCUGUGCAAAGCUACUUGUUCCGACAUGCCUCGGUCAAGACCAUUUUCUACCCAUCGACAUUCGUGAAGCGAUACCUUAUCGGCCAAAACGUUCAAGAAGACAAGCUCGAGGUUUUGACCCGCGGUGUCAACACGGACAUGUUCAACCCGAGGAGGAGAAGCGAGGAACUGCGAAAACAACUGGCGCCGAAUGGAGAAAUCAUCUUUGUGACCGUCUCCCGCAUCGCAGGUGAGAAGGGUUUCGAUUUCCUCGCCAAGGCUGCCAAGGAGCUUGACGCGAGGGGCUUGAACUUCAAGCUUUACAUCGUGGGCGGCAACCGAAAUGCCGACGUCGAGCGAGAAGUACACGAAAUGUUUGACCCUCUGAGGGAGAGCGGCAAGGUCGUUUUUGCGGGAUUCAAGGUUGGAGAGGACUUGGCCACUGCCUAUGCCAGCGGCGAUGUCUUUUUGCACUGCUCCGUGACCGAGACCUUUGGCUUGGUGGUCCUUGAGUCUAUGGCUAGCGGCGUCCCCGUCAUUGCCCGCGAUGAAGGUGGCCCGUCGGAUAUUGUUCAGCACGGCGACAACGGCUUCCUCAUCCCCCCCAACGACCUCGACGGCUUCGUUACCAAAGCCAUGAAGCUUGGCCAGGACCACGCUCUCCGCACCAACAUGGGCCACGCGGCGAGAACUGCCGCUUGCGAAGCGACCUGGGAGAAGAUCAACAACAAGGUCGCAUGGCGCAUGGCCGACACCAUUGCCGAGAGACAACGCGAGAUGACGGGUCCUCAGACCCAGCAGCUGAGCAAGGUCGGCCUCGACGCCCAACAGCUCAUCCCCAUCUACGGCUGGCUCAUGAUGAACGAUGCCAUGCGAGAGAACAUCACCCGACGCAUCGUGGACGCACGCCUCAUGGGCGGAUUGGGCGUCAUCAUCUCCUUCUGGAUGGUCACCGGCUGGUAUAUGGUGUUUACCGAGUGCUUCCUCUGGGCCAAGGGCAGGUGGAGGGAAGCGGAGCGCACUAGGCGGGGUUCGAUUUCGGCGUAG